UAAAAAAAAAAAAAAAAAAAAAAAAAAAAAAAGAAAAAGAAAAGAAAAGAAAAGAAAAGAAAGCAAAGACUGUAAAAAGGAAGCGUUCGGAUUAAAAAUGUCGAUGGCAAUUGAGUCGAGAUCCAUUUUGUACUUAUUUGCGCUGGAACAACGAGAUAUGAGAAACUCUCGAGUUUCACUCGAGAAUAUUACGUUAGAAUUGCUUGGUAACUGGAUGAUGUGUAAACGUGUAAUGAUUAAAAUGGUAGUCGCGAUAACGAUGCUGAGAACAAUGCAAUAAUCAUCAUGAUAAUAAUGGCGCAAUCAUGAUGAUAGUUGACUGUGACAAUGGUGAUGACAACGUGGAUGGAACGUUAACGUCAACACCAAUGCCAACAAUGACGACUAUUGAUGACGGUAUGGCGCUGAUUAUCGUGAUAGUAAUAAAGAUAAUGGCGACGGUAAUGGUGACUAUAACGGUGACGAUAACGACGACAACGACAGCGACGACGACAACGAUGAUGAUUAUAAUGAUGAUAAUGAUGAUAAUGGUGAUGAUGAUGGCAAUGAUAAUAAUUUUUAUGGGAAUGAUUAUGAAUUUUCGAAAUCGAAAAAAUAAUUCGCCAAUGAUAUCUUCCAGGCAGACGAAAUAAAAUUCUGCAUCAUGUAAGUACGAGAAAUGAACAUGUUCGCAAGAUUUCUUAUAUAUAAUCCUACUAUAUAAUUUAAAAUACUCAUCUAAUCAAAGAAACAAUUUUCACCUAAUAAUAAACCUAGCUUUAUAAAUCAUGAGGAUACAUGCUCAGAUAAACAUUGUGUUUUUAGUUGUUUCGGUGAUAAAGAGGAAGAUGCAUUAAGUGACAUAGUGGAAAGAUUUAUUUUACACGUAUAUAUAUAUAUAUAUACAUAUAUACAUAUAUUUAUUAUACAUGUAUAUGUAUAACAAUGUUCAUGCAUACGUAUGGUAUACCAAUUGAACGAAUGCGAUUUUGAUCGACCUACAAAAAAAAAAAUCAGUAUCACAUUCGAUUUUAUAUUACUUGGAUUCGUGGAAUCCAAGGGACCACGGAGAACUUGAAAAAAAAAAAUUUAAUCAACGAUUCGUUAUCGAAAUAUGUCGAA